AUGCAAUACAAGAAGAUGUCGUCGGUGGCGAUGACAGCCUAUGCACAUAGGCUCGACAUCAUUGUUGUGGGUGCGGGCUUGGGCGGCCUGGCUGCCUCCAUCGAGUGCGCGCGCGCAGGUCACAGUGUCACUGUACUGGAGAGUGCUUCCGAGCUAGCUGAGGUUGGAGCCGGGCUGCAGAUAACCCCAAAUUCCUCCAAACUGCUCAAGAGAUGGGGCGUAUAUGAGAAGCUGCAGAGCCAAGCGUGCGAGCCCAAGUCUCUAGUUGUCCAUAGGUAUACGGGAAAGGUCCUGGCCAGGGAAGACGACUUCAACGAGCACAUGAACGAGAAGUACGGCUCCCCGUUCUCAGACGUGCACCGCGUCGACUUGCAGCAGGGUCUCGUCGCGACAGCAAGAGAGCUGGGCGUCUCCAUAAGACUAAGUCAGCGUGUGGAAUCCCUGGACCUCGACGCAGUGCGGCCGCGAAUCAAAACCACCAGCGGUGAUGAGUACCAAUGCGAUCUUGUAGUUGGAGCAGAUGGCUUGUGGUCCAAGUGCCGAGAAUACCUGCUUGGCCAAAAAGCUCUGCCGUUACCGACAGGCGAUCUCGCCUACCGCAUCGUGCUCAAAUUGGAUCAGAUCAAAGACCCCGAGCUGAGAGAGAUGGUCUCCAACCCCCAGGUGCAUUUCUGGGUGGGACCGGGCGCACAUGUUGUGGCAUACUCGCUGAAGGGCGGUACCAUGUACAACGUUGUGUUGCUUGUUCCAGAUGAUCUACCAGAAUCAGUAGCCAGGCAAACCGGAUCGGUGGAAGAAAUGAAGAAGCUAUUCCAAGGCUGGGAUCCCAUUUUGACGAGAUUUUUAGACUGUGUGGACACAGUAGACAAAUGGAAACUCAUGCACCGUGAGCAGAUGGAUUCUUGGAUAAGUGAACGGGGCAACUUGGUGAUGAUUGGCGAUUCCUGUCACCCAAUGCUCCCCUACCUUGCGCAAGGAGCAAAUUCAGCGCUAGAGGAUGGCGCAGUGUUGGGACGAGUCCUUGCUGGGGUGCAAGGAGGGUUAUCACUCUCACGAGCCCUCACGAUAUUCCAGCGGUUGCGGAAGGCACGAGGAGAAGCCAUCGUCCGAGAGACGUUCAAGCAGCGAGAAUCGUUCCACAUGCCGGACGGCCCAGAGCAGGCAGCACGCGACGAGCUCUUCAUGUCCAAGUUGGGCAAGGAAAUUGACUGCGCUUUCCCAAGUAGAUGGACGUGCCCCGAGGUGCAGCCAUGGCUGUACGGAUAUGAUGCUUGGAAGGAAGUAGAUAGCGCGUUGCGGGAGGCCGGCGGUGUCGAGUACGCGACGAAGCUGUAA